AUGGAUGGUUUAUAUGCACAUGUCCUCCGCCCCUUUUUCCUUUCCGCCUUUGCGCCACCACGCUUUUCCUCGUCCAACAUGUGCCACUUCAUCCGCAUCAGCUGCAGCAGCUGCCACAUCACCAUGAAGCGCGAUCCGGUCAACUGCGGCCACGGCCUCGCCGUCCUGGGGCCCUCGGGCUUGAUAUUCGAAUGCGCCAGCAGUAAUAGCGGCGAUGCCGCCGACUCCGAAGACGUUUUACGCGAAGCCGGCAUGUGCGAGGCGUGCGAAGAGGAAAAAGCGAGCGAAAAUGAAAACGACUCCAACGCCAGCAGCCCGCUGCUUUCCUGGAAGCGGAAACAAUCACCUUGA